GGGUACCCGCUCGCUUGCUCCGACUUACGAAGCCCCUAUCACGUAAGGCGUUUGCUCUUGCCGGGACGUUUUCUAACUUUUUAGGAGCACAAAUUGGCUAAUAAUUCCAUCGAGUAGGUCUUUUGUGUAGAUCUUCUCUUGUAGACUUUGAUACUCUUCUUCCGUUUCGACCGACUGGACACAGAGAGAAGCCAGGAAACUAAUCAAAGAGCUAUCAUUUGUCUCUUUUUGGUGUUGUCGAAAACACGCAGAGAGACUCAGAGAGUUGCGAUCGCCACAAUAAAAAUCAAAAUACUUCCACAGAGUUGGAAUUAAAGCAUGGAGAGAACUACCAACUCCGGUUACGAUGAUAGAUUUAAAAAAGAAGCUCCUCAGCUAACUGCACUGUUGAAAGAAAUGAAGGAAGUGUUAGAUGCAGUAAGGAGUAAAAUCGAAGUUUUAACUGCUAAGGUGAAAGCAAAUCAGUUUCCGACAGAAGAUGGGAUAAGCUAUCUUGAAUCCAAACAUUUGCUUCUCCUAAGCUAUUGCCAGUCACUGGUCUAUUAUCUGCUUCGUAAAGCAAAAGGGUUCUCGAUUGAGGGGCAUCCUGUUGUUCAGAGCCUAAUAGAGACAAGGUUGUUUUUGGAGAAGAUUCGACCAAUUGACAAAAAACUCCAGUACCAAAUCCAGAAGCUCACAAGGGGUACUGCGGGUACAACAGAAGUUGUAGGUUUGAGUGAAAAGGAGUCGGGUGCCACUCAGAAGACAGAGGAUCUGUUGAAUUAUCGUCCAAACCCUGACAUGCUUGUUCCCAGAUCAGAUAUGACUCCUGGGGAAGAAGGAGGUGUAUAUCGACCCCCCAAAUUUGCCCCUACUUCUAUGGAGGAAGCUAAAGUCUCAAAGCAGGAAAGAAAUGCCAUGAGAAUGGAGAAACAGAUCCUACGACAAUCUAGGCAGAGUGAAUUUGUGCGUGAGCUGAUGGACGAUAUGGAGGGGAGACCCCAAGAGGUCAGAGAAAAUAUUGGAUCUGAAAGUAGAGAGCUUGCUAGAUAUAUGGCAAAAAUGGAGAAGCGUGCACAGGAAGAAGAGGAGCUUUUCAUCCGUGCUCCCAUGACAAAAAUGGAGAAAAAGAAGGAGAAACAUUUGAAGAAGUCUAGAAAUGGGUUGCUUGGCCUUACGGACAGUUUCUAUGAUGAAAUCAAAACCUUACCGCUAGAUGAUGAUGUCAGUGAGCAAGCGUCAGGCUUCAGUUAUGGUAGCUCUAGAACGGGGAAAUUUAAUAAGCGCAAGAGGAGGCAUUGAGGGACAACAAAAAUCUUGGAUUUUUUUAGCAUUUCGGAUUUAAAACUGCAUGGCAGUUUGGUGCUGGUAGAGGUAGUAAUUUAAGGUUUAAACAGCCUCGUAUGGUGCAAUUUUGUUUAUUCUAUGUGAUGUAAUUUGUUCCAUGACAGCUACCUGAGAGUAUUGUAGGAAUAAAAGCCCCAAUUUUCCUGCUGAA